AUGCCUGCAGCGUACCAAACCCGUCCAUGUGCAAAAAAAACAACAACAACAAAAAAACACAGACAGGCUGUGCAUGACACGCGCGCACCCGCUCCCGGACGUAGGCGUUUGCAUUUGCAGCAUAGCAGAAUCAAACAAAACAGGGUUGAUGGAUGCCGGCACCAAGGGUUCUCGUGGCCGUCAUGGCAACGUAACAGGCUCCGCUUCCAAGGUAUGCAACGCAAUGCAAUGCAAAGGGAGGCCUCGGCCUGGUGA